GGGCGGCAAACAUGCUCGACAUCGCGCUUGUUGAUAACUCGCUGAACGGUUCACAACCACUACUGGUCCUCCAGACGACCUUUAGCUGCCAGACCGCCUGCCAUGGCGUGCUCGGCCCAUAACGCGUGCCUCCGUCGGUCAAUCUCGCAAAGAGCGAUGAGCAGCCAUUACCUGCAGGGCCUGAACGACGCCCAGCUCAAAGCCGUCCAACACCCUCCGGAUAUCCCGCUGCAAAUACAUGCUGGUCCUGGUACCGGAAAGACGAAGGUUUUGACUUCUAGAGUAGCUUACUUGAUCGAUCACUAUGGUCUGCGACCUGACAGAAUUUGCGCUGUAACCUUCACGAGAACGGCCGCCAGGGAGAUGUCAGCAAGACUGGUGACCCUUAUUGGAGAUCGUAGAGCGAGAGAAGUUCGGUUGGGCACUUUCCAUAGCGUUGCGGCGAAAGAGCUGAAGAAACACGCAAGCGUUGUUGGAUUGAAAAGUGACUUCGAACUCUAUAACCCAGCCGAUUGUACCACUGUAAUGAGUCUGCCUGUACAGGUACACGCUCAGGUGCUAGAACGAUGCAACGUCAGCCUGGAGGAUGGAUACUCCAUGUUCUACGAGUUGAUAUCGAAGGCAAAAGGCAAAGGCCUGACAGCAGAGGCUUUUCGUGAACAGGGCAUCAGUUUAACGGCGGAGCACUUCCGACUCGAGGAUCGUGAAGAAUAUAUGCGCGAGCUUCAUAAUUCAGCGCAUAGCAUAUUCAAGCAAUAUGAAACGAUCCUGAGGCGUUACAACGCUUUAGAUUUCGAUGAUCUCAUCAUAUAUUAUGAGCGGUUGCUCGCGGAGAACCCUACUCGGUGUGAUCACCUGCUGGUGGACGAGUUUCAGGAUACCAGCAUACUACAGUACGAAAUGACCAGGGGUAUACUGCAACAGAGGAAGGCUCUGACAACUGUCGGUGAUCCAGAUCAAUCAAUAUACGGCUGGAGAGAUGCUGAGGUUGGAAACCUCAAGAGAAUGCAAACUGACUAUCCCGAUACCGUGCAGAUACGGUUGGAGCAGAAUUACCGAUCGACCGGUAAGAUCGUGAAAACUAACAUGGUGAUCAUAGAACAAGAGCAAGGUAGAGUGCCUAAAACACUCAUAUCUACUCAUCCUAUGGGAAUUCAACCUGUUUUAUACACCGGAGUGGAGAAUUAUGAUGAUCAGGCCGAUUUCAUUGCUUCUGAAAUCCGACGGCUAUACGAAGAAGCCGGCGGUCUGCUUCGAUGGGAAGACUUCGCAAUUCUAGUACGGAUGAAUUAUGAGAAAAAGGUGAUUCAGCGUGCCCUCGAGGAGGAAGGCAUUCCAUAUAGGAAAUCAGACAAUUAUCACUUCCUUGACCGCCCAGAGGUUGUGAACCUCCUUGCAUUCCUUGAGCUCAUCUUGCCCCCUGAGUCAAUUCCCAAUCUGCUCCGCGCGAUUCCUAUCUCGAACAAACAAACCAAUAUGAAUGUGAUUAGGAGUGUCAUUUCAAACCCGUCGACAUUCGGCCUGUCUGGUCUAGAACUUUUGCAGCGCAUCCAUGAUGGCGAGGUAUCUGACGUCGACCACUCCACUCGUCAAGAUGUCGGGCCUUUUUUGGAACACAUGCAGCUGUUACGUGAGCGAACGGAUGCCGGAGAUAAGCCAUCGGCGUUGAUUCUGCGGACGUUGGAGAUCACAAACUAUGCACAACAUCUGGAGAACGAAUCAUCGAACUGGGAGAGCGCAUGGAAGAACGUGCAACAGCUUCUAUACACUGCUGCAAAAUUUGAGGAACGCUCCAAAGAACAGAAUGGGUGCCGUCUGCUUUCAGUCUUUCUCACGCAUCUCCGAGUUAUCACACGUCUCCGUUCUGUCAGUGAUCACGGGUUUGACAAUAAAGUCACCGUUACAACCGUCCAUGCAGCAAAAGGGCUAGAAUGGGCGGCGGUGUUCAUCCCAUCUGUGGUCGAGAAAACCUAUCCUGCUUACUUCUCCAAAGACGUGAACGAGGAGAGGAGGCUUUUGUUUGUUGCGAGCACACGCGCCAAGAUUCUGCUUUAUUUCGUGCAUCCAAGAAUGCCAUCGACGAAAGCUGUCCGCGGUGAUGCAGCUGCAAGUUCCGGAACGGAGCUCACCAGGUUCCUUACACCUCUCAAGGACGACGCAGAGUCGUAUCUGUCAAGUGAAUUGCCGAGCUUCACCGAAAAGGACCUCCACAUGAUAUCUGAAGUGCUGGGUAGACCGUUGCCCGACGAGUCUGAGCUGGUACAUACGGUGACGGAAACCAUAACAGCCUCAACAGGUCACCGCAAACUUGCUCUUUAGCAUUCAAGUGGCCGACAUACAUCGGUUGAUUAGACGGGCCACCUUGCACAAUCGAUUUGAGCGGGUGAAGGACAGAUGCAAAUCCAGACAUCAUCGUUAAUUCACUGGUUUGUGAUGUUCGCUGGGCAUCGAUGUCCGCGUCAAUCCCGUAAUGAUGCUUCAAACGUAUGCUCAGGCGGGAGGUCGCAAUUCGAGACUUCCAUGAACUCUAUCUUGUUGAAUACAUCUUUGUUCUGACACGUUGUUCCAGUAGAAUAGACUACUCUGCGUGUGAUAGAAGGAGAUAGAGAGUCGUUCUAAUAUAAAUGCGCACUAGAUUACUGUGAAC